UGCUACAAGCAAGAGACACUGUUCUGCCUCAGAGUUGGACACCUUCUCCCCUACUCCAUGUCACAUUCCAACACAACUGACUUCACCAACCCCUCCACCUUCAUCCUGCUGGGCAUUCCUGGCCUGGAGGCGGCCCAUGCCUGGAUCUCCAUCCCCUUCUGUGCCAUGUACACCAUCACUCUCUUGGGGAACUUCACCAUCCUGUUUAUUGUGAAGACAGAGCCGAGGCUCCAUGAGCCCAUGUACUAUUUCCUCUGCAUGCUGGCUGUCACCAACCUGGUCUUGUAUACGUCCACCAUGCCCAAAAUGUUGAGCAUCUUCUGGUUCAAUUCCAGGGAGAUCGAUUUCAGUGUCUGCCUCACCCAGAUGUACUUCAUUCACUGCUUCUCAGCGACGGAGUCUGGGAUCUUUGUGGCCAGGGCUCUGGAUCGCUACGUGGCCAUCUGUGGUCUCCUGAGACAUUCCACCAUCCUGACAAAUCCCCUUGUGGCCAAGAUCGGCCUGGACGUGGUGGUAUGCUGUGUCAUUCUCCACCUUCCUCCUCCCCAGCCUGGGCUCCCUCUGCCCCGGGGCUGGGACGGGACGUGCUGCAGCCUGGCAAGGACCCUGCAGGGAGGAUGCAGCAGGCCGGCCAGUCCGGAGCAGAGGGGGAAGCCAGGAAACCGUGUGAAAUCAGCUGUGGGUUGGGAGCAGGGCUGA